AUGAAUAUCUUCUCCAAAAAACCUACUGCCAAAGAGGCGCUUCGGGAGAGUAAGAGGGAAAUGGCAAAUGCUACUAGAGGCGUAGAGCGGGAAAUCCAUGCAUUGCAAUUAGAGGAAAAGAAACUUGUUACUGAGAUAAAGAGAACUGCGAAAACUGGGAAUGAUGCAGCCACUAAAAUUCUUGCGCGCCAACUAGUCAGGCUUCGACAACAAAUAGCUAACUUACAAGGUAGUCGAGCUCAGAUGAGAGGCAUAGCGACUCACACCCAGGCAAUAUCUGCUCAUUCAUCUGUUGCUGUUGGUAUGAAAGGUGCUAGCAAAGCUAUGGCAGCCACGAACAAGCAAAUGGAACCUGCAAAGCAGGCAAAGAUGAUUCAAGAAUUUCAGAAGCAAUCGGCACAAAUGGAUAUGACUACGGAAAUGAUGUCAGACACCAUAGAUGAUGCUUUGGAUAAUGAUGACGCUGAGGACGAAACUGAAGAGUUAACGAACCAGGUGCUGGACGAAAUUGGUGUAGAUAUUGCCGCACAGUUGUCAGCCAUACCCAAAAGGAAAGUUGCUGGGAAGAUCACCGAGAAUGUUGGAAGUUCGGGGACUGAUGAAUUGGAGAAGAGGUUGGCUGCCCUCAGAAAUCCUUGA